UGACAAAAAAAACAAAUCUUAUUACAAUCGUUGCUAUUAGUUAGAACAGAAGAAAACGAACCAAUCACAAAAAACGUGUUUGAUACCCUUAAUAAAACUAUCAGCAUAUGCAUACAGUUGACAAAUAAAUAAAUAAAUAUAUUAUAAUUAAUUUUUAAAGAUAAAAAUACAUUAUUAAAAAAUAAUUUUUUAACGUAAAUGACCUAUCAUCGAAAAUGGAUGGACGCGUGUUGUGUGUGUAGAGUUACGCGGAGUCGAACGAGAGGUCAUUGCUUGCGUUGUUAAGCACAUGCGCGAUAACAACAAGGCUACAUCCAACAUGGAGGGCAAACCUGCCUGACGGCCAUAAUUUGCACGGAAGCACCGUUACAGUACGUAACUGUUUAUAGGGCAAUGAAUAUUGCGUAAUUUAAAAAAGAAAAGAAUGUGAAAAAUGGGUUCGAACGCAUCGGUACUUCAGUGGCAUUGCAAAAACUGUACGUCGAUUAAUCCCACUGAGCGAUCGUCUUGUCUUUCCUGUGGCGAGAAACGUCGGUUUGCUUGGACUUCGGAUUCGUAUAAAGAUGAUGAAAAUCUUCAAUCGGAUACUUCUGUCAAUCGAAAUUAUAACUUAUUGUCUUCUUCAAUUAGAGACAAUCAGGCCAGCCAAGUUCACACGUCUUCAGCCAAAUCAGGGAGUGCCAAAUAUUUAAAAAAUCAAUAUUCACAAAAUAGUGAAAAAGUUUCCUUAAGAAAAUCUGCAUCUACUUGUUGUAAUGGUAUAAAUGGAGAAGAAGUUAUAAAAAAUCGAAGUGUCAGUUGGCAUGGAACAUCUACAUUCAAUAUUAAUGAUACAGCAAUUGCUUUUCCCCAUUUGUUUGUUGAUCUCACAAGUGCUAUAAAAGAAGAAUGUGCCUCAUCUGAUAAUGUUCCUUUCUUAAAUGAUAAAAAGGUUAACUUUUUAGAAAAAACUUUUGUGAAAUGUAUUAGGAAAAAAACACCAAAAUGGAAAUGCCCCCAGUGUAAUUUCAUUAAUUUAGAAGCUUGUUCUGAAUGUGUGAUUUGUACUUCAAGGCGUUUACUGAAUAAAACUGAGACAAAUACUGUUAGAACAGUUGAUACUAACAUAUCUACUAAGGAUAAUAAUAAAACAACAAAUUUAUCAUUUUCAAGUCCAUUAAAUUGGUUAUGCUCAUUCUGCCAAUCUGAAAAUCUUGAUUCUGUGGAAGAAUGUGUUAUUUGUGGACGUUGUAAAACUAAAAUAAUUAAAGACAAUGUUAAUAAUAAUGUUACUUCAUCAGAACAGCAAAUAGGUACUUUGGGAACUGCAGUGAAUUUCCAUACCUAUCAAUUACAAAAUUCUGGCCAAACAAUUUCAGAUACAUGUGCUAAUUUACAAGCUUUAGCUCGAAAGGGCAAAGCAUGUGUAACUGAAAAACUUUUCAGACCUUUAAUUAGUCAUUUUAUAUCACCCAAACAUUUACCAAAGUUAAACUCAAAAUGGACAUGUGAUAAAUGUCAGUUUUUAAAUAUUCCAUCCACAAAUCAAUGUAUAAUUUGUGAAUCUUCCAGAAACUGUCAUAACAGCAGCAAUAGUGCCUUGCAUGAUCCAAGAGGUAUUAUUGGCAUUUCAAAUAAAAGAAAUGAUUUGUCACAGUGCUACUCUCCAAAACAGCAAAAAUCUAAUAUUAAAAGGACUAAAGGUAAUCAAAGACAGAAUUCUGCGGAUUCAGGAUUAAAAGAUCUGUAUACUGUAAAUAAUACUGAAGAUGCAUUAAGUUCUCAUUCUGCUGAAGAUGUUAUGUUAAUGGACGUUGAUAAUGAUCUUCCAUGGGCUUGUAAACGAUGCACUUAUGAAAAUAUUUCUGAUGCUGUUAGAUGUGAAAUUUGUGAAACUCCUCGUAGAUUGAACAUUCCAACAACAUUACCACGAAAUGCAUAUAGUUUAGGUUUUUUAACUGAUCUAAAAACUUCCUCAUUAAAUAAUGUCACUCAUCCUGAAAAUGAAAGUCCAUCCUUAGCGCGUCGUAGUAAAUCUUUUUCAGAAGUUCCAGUAGGAACUAUCUGUAAUUCAGUACAACCAAAAAUGGAAAACUCAGAAAAUGAGCAAGCAGUAGAUAAUUUAUUUUCACAAAUGGAUAAUGCUGUAGUUGUUAUAGCUAAAGAUUCAUGUAAUGAAGAUUUUUGGACAUGUAAUCAAUGUUCUUUUUCAAAUAAUCCAUCAUGGUCUGAUUCUUGUUUCUUAUGUGAUACUCCUGUUCUUCUUGAUAAUUCCACUGAUAUUCAUGUGGAUAUAUCUAGUGAAAGAGUUCAUUAUACAAAUAGACAGAAAGAUAAAGAUCAGCCAGAAAAUAGAUUAAGUAAACUUUUAGGUGUGCCAUUGAUUGAUAAGUGGACUUGUGUAAAAUGUACUUUAAUAAACUCUGCAUCUGAUAGUUUCUGUAUAGCAUGUGGAGGAUCAAAGCUCAAUAGUACUACUAACAAUCAGUAUCGCACACUUAAGCCAAGUGAAAGUUGGGAAUGUUCACGGUGUACACUGAGAAAUCCUAUAUCUGAAUCAAAAUGUUCUGCAUGUGGUACUGAGGAAUAUAAUCCUAGACCCUCAGUUUCAGAUACAACAACUUGGAGUACAAGAACAUUAAGAGGUAGAAAAGAAAGUUGCAGUGAAGCUGAUAAAUGGGAAUGUUCAUCAUGCACUUACCAUAAUAAAGGAACGAGAGUUGUUUGUGAAAUAUGCCAAACAUCCAGAAGCUUGCUUUCUCUCCGGCCGGAUAAAGCAUGUACCAGUGGUGUUCCUUGCCAAGGUGAAAGUGAAUUAACAGAGGAGUUAAGAGUUGUAGAAGAAAAUGAUGCCCGUGAAAGAUGGAAACACAUAACUGUAUUUUGUGAACAGAAUAAAGAAUUAUUUGUUGAUGAUGCUUUUCCACCACUUCCCAAAUCAUUGUAUUAUAAUCCUGAAGAACAAAGAGAUGAAUAUGGCUGUAAUUGGCUUAGACCUCACGAAAUAACUUGUGAUCCCAGUGAAGCUGUGAUUAGAUGGGCUGUAUUUCGAACACCCAUGCCUUCAGAUAUAUCUCAAGGUAUAUUAGGAAAUUGUUGGCUUUUGAGUGCUUUGGCUGUGUUAGCUGAAAGACCAGAAUUAGUUGAGCGUGUAAUGAUUACAAGAGAAAUAUGUUCUGAAGGUGCUUAUCAAGUUCGUUUAUGCAAAGAUGGACGUUGGACAACUGUAUUAGUUGAUGAUUUAUUACCUUGUGAUUCUCGAGGAUGUCUGCUCUAUUCACAGGCAAAAAGAAAACAAUUAUGGGUUCCCUUGAUAGAAAAAGCUGUAGCAAAAUUGCAUGGUUGUUAUGAAGCUCUUGUAUCCGGACGAGCUAUUGAAGGGUUAUGCACUCUAACAGGUGCUCCUUGUGAAAGCAUACCUUUACAACCUUCUUCAAUACCAAAUGAAGAAGGUAUUGAUCAGGAUUUAAUUUGGGCACAGCUUCUUAGCUCAAGAUCAGCAAGAUUUUUAAUGGGAGCAUCUUGUGGAGGAGGAAAUAUGCAAGUAAAUGAUCAAGAUUAUCAUACAGUAGGAUUAAGGCCUCGUCAUGCGUAUUCUGUAUUAGAUGUACAAGAUAUUGAUGGAUUAAGACUCUUGAGACUUCGUAAUCCUUGGGGCCAUUAUUCUUGGAAAGGUGAUUGGUCAGAUAACUCUCCUUUAUGGACCCCUCAUUUAAGAGAUCUUUUAAUGCCCCAUGGAGCUGAUGAGGGUGUAUUUUGGAUGUCUUUUCAAGAUGUAUUAAAAUAUUUUGAUUGUGUUGACAUUUGUAAACUUCAGCCUGGUUGGAAUGAAGUUCGAAUGCAAGGUGUACUUCCACCACAUGCAGAUAAAGACAGUUUUGCAGUAACUGUUUUAACAGUGGUAGAACCAACUGAAGUGGAGUUCAGUUUAUUCCAAGAAGGUCAAAGGAAUUCAGACAGAUCUCAGCGUUCUCAAUUGGACCUUUGUGUAGUUGUUUUUAGAGCAACAUCACCAGCAAUAGGUCAAGUGGGAGUAUUAGUAAAACAUAGUAAACGCCAAGUUCGAGGUUUUGUUGGAUGUCAUGCCAUGUUAGAAAUUGGAAUAUAUGUUGUUGUUUGUUUAGCAUUCAAUCAUUGGCAUACACAUUUGCAAAAUGCUGAACAGUAUCCAAAAUUUCUUCUGGCUAUACAUAGUUCCAAACGUUUGCUUGUAGAGAAAAUAAUGCCUCACGUUCAUAUUUUAGCAGAUGCUAUCAUUAAUUUGACUUUGGCAAAAGGGCAGCGACAUGAGCUCGACAGCCGGUUUCCGUCCGGAGGACAAGUGAUUAUUGUUCUUACUCAAUUGGAAGGUAGUGGAGGAUUUUCAAUAGCUCAUCGUUUAACACAUCGUGUAUCCUAUAAUGGAGGUUUACAUGAUUGGGGACCUCCUGGGACCAAUCAUGAUCCUGCAAUUGAUCGUAAGGUUUUUGGCCUUCAUGCUCCAAGACCACUAUGACCCAUUAAGUCUGAUUAAAAAUUUUUAUGCUCAUGGUAAAUAGUUCCAUGUACUUUAAAACAUUCCAUUUAUUCCUUGUUAUUUAUGGUUUUGGUUGAAGUUAUAUAUACUUGAAAAGUUUACAAAUUAAAUUAGGAAAAAAUUUUAUUUAGUUAUAAUAUAAUAUUAAUGAAAUAUUAUUUUUAAAAUAUCCUAAAAUUUGGUGAUUU